UAUGGAGGAAAUCGAUCAAAAUCAAGAGACACCUUGGGAACGCUAUUGAUCGAUUUUAGUGAAGAAGAACACCCAAAUUUGCCGUUAUGGCUUGUCUUCAAACUAGAAUUAAUGUCUAUAUUGGUCGGGAGGGUGAUUAUCAUGAUAUUCGAUAUUCCCGACUUCCUACCAGCUUUCUGUUUCAUUUUUGAAUCUUUAACAACAAUCGGGUUUGGAGUCUUCGUUCCGGCGAGUAACGUAUUCAUGAUAGUUUUCAUCCUGUACAUCAUAGGAGGAAUUACUGUAACAGUAGUAUGCAUCCAUGUGGCUGAGGACAUUUAUAGAAAAAGAUUGAAUUUCGCAACUAGAAAAUUAGGAUUAACAACUGAGAAUUAUAUUGAACGCCAUUUGAAAUAACGCAAAAGAGUACGCUCCAGCAUCUGUGUUUCUUUCAACGAAAUUCCACAUUCGGAAAGCUUCUUUAAA